UUUCACGACUGACAUUAUGAGGGUUUACUGUGUAUCAAUUAUUAUUGUAAAUUUUUACUAAUUAUUAUUUAUAGCUAGUUAAGAUUAAACCUUUCUUAAUCAGUUCUCCUUAUUACAUGUUUACUUACAGAAUUGGUGGAAUGUUACAAGUUGAAUGAAUGAGAAUUCUUGUUUAGUCUUCAAAAGCUAUUUAACCAGCCUACCACUGGUUACAAUAGAUACAUAUCGAUUCCAAGUCCCGAUUUGCGUUAAUUUGUGGCCGAAUUUCGUCUAACAAAUCUGCUCGUAUUUUUGUAAGCUGCUGUACAAAAUCGUUAAUUUCUUGUGGCUUCAUUAUUUUUAUUUAAAUGAGAUUGCAAGAGUGAUUUUACGCGCUUGCAAUAUCAAUUUGAAAGGUGGUGAAUCUCAUGUCACUAUUGCAUAACAAGCUAAUCAUUUCAUUGAAAGGUUUAUUGUAGGAUGACCAAAUAUUCCAGAAGAUAUGGAAUAUAUAUUUUUAUCGCGUUGACAAUACUUUUAAUACAAUUCUUCUUAGCUUUGUCGUUCUACUCGUCUAACCAAUUUGAGGAAAAUUUUUUGCUAGAAGGCAAAUUCAAGAAAAAUUCUCAAACAAAUGAUAAAAGAUUGUCGUUUGGAACUCCAACAAAUUCAAUUGAAUCUAGAUCAUGGAAAAAUAGUCAUUCAAACAAACCAUCUGAUAUCUCCGACCAUUCCUCACAAUCUCGAGCAGCUUUCAAUUCUCUGGUCAGCAAAAAUGUCAAGUCCAAAAGUAAAUUAGAUAUUGGAAGCCUUGACUUCAUUCCAAAUUGUACAAUUAUUCUCAAAGAUGCCAUUCACGCCAUCAAAAGGGCUCGAACAAAUUAUUGUAAGAAAGAGCUUGCAGAUAUUGCUUGUCAACUGCAAUCAGAAGAAUUAUUUCCAAAGUAUUUACCACAAUUCUGUCCAAAUCGAAAUGUAAAGAAAAAGAACUCGGUUGAAGAUGCUGAUCCGAAUCAAAAAUCCGUUCGUAUCGCAUUUCUUUUAACAUUCAAUGGACGUUCUGUUCGCCAAAUUACCCGUCUGAUUAAAGCGAUAUAUAGUCAUCGCCAUAUUUACUUCAUCCAUAUCGAUAAGCGUUUAAAUUACCUUUUUGAAGAACUACUCGUCUUAGAGACUUUACCGAAUAUCCAUUUAUCACGUAAUCGUCUUUCCACUAUCUGGGGAGGAGCUAGUCUUCUGGAAAUGCUAAUUAAUAGUUUUAAUGAGCUUUUGCAUCACAAAAACUGGGAUUAUCUAAUCAAUCUUAGUGAAAGUGAUUUUCCUAUCAAGCCUCUUCAAAGAUUGGAAAAUUUUCUUGCAGCCAAUUAUGGUCACAAUUUUGUUAAAUCUCAUGGUCAAGAUCCACAAAGAUUUUUAAUAAAACAAGGAUUAGAUAAAACAUUUCAUCAAUGUGAUGAUCACAUGUGGCGAUUGGGAGAUCGCAAAAUUCCUGAAGGAAUAGAAGUUGAUGGUGGUAGCGAUUGGGUAGCUUUAACUCGUGACUUUUGCCAAUAUAUUGUUGAUAAUGAUGAUGAACUUCUCAAAGGAUUGCGUACCUUUUUUAAAUACACUCUUUUACCAGCCGAAACAUUUUUUCAUACAGUCCUUCGCAAUAGUGCUUUUUGUGAUACAAUCAUUGAUAACAACUUACACAUAACCAACUGGAGAAGAAGUCAAGGUUGUAAAUGUCAAUACCGACAUAUCGUUGAUUGGUGUGGUUGUUCACCAAAUGAUUUUAGACUCGAGGAUUGGUCUAGAAUUGUAGAUAGUUUAGAGAAGCCACUAUUUUUCGCAAGGAAAUUCGAGCCGGCAGUCAAUCAGGAGAUAAUCAAUCGCAUUGAAAUGUUAAUCUCAAAGAAACAAGUUAAAGUUGGCCAAUUGAGUUACGAUAAGUACUGGCAAAACGAUUUUCAUCAUAAAUUUGAUUACAACGAUGAUGCAAAAGUCAGCUUUUAUUAUCUUCUCGGAUUACUUGGAAAAUCGUUUGUUUACAAAAUUUGCUCUGAAACGAAAAUUCCGUCUGACCAAUUACUUUCUACCAUUGAAGUAAAACAAGCUCACCUAUUUUUCGAGAACGAUUCUUUCAAAGGCCUCCUGCUCACAUUCAUUGAUUUAAUUGCUGAGAAAAAUUCGGCUGCUUUUUAUGAAAUUUAUGCACAACCUGUAGCACAUUCCAAUCCUGUUGGACAGCAGAUAAGUCCAGAAAUAAAGUUAAUCUCCGCUAAGGUUUGCAGUGAUUAUGAUAUGAAAGAACAGAUUUUCCGUAAUUUUGCCUGUACUUUACAUCCUUUUUCUGAAAUUGGAGUCAAUCAUAAAUGGUCAUCAGAUGGAAAGACUAAUUUUUCAGUUUCAUUUGUCUGGAUUGAUCCAGUUGAACAUGUUGCAGGCUCAUUUGAAGUACAAAUUGAAUGGCCUCAUCAAGCCAAGAACAAUCAACAAACAAUAACUCUUUAUCACAAACCAAAUUUUAAUCAUCCUUUGCGUCCAGGUACUUGGAAGUUAAGUAUCCUUUACAAAUGGAAACCAAUUUUGGAGAUGAAAUUUCUCGUGCUGCCAUACAUAUUUGAAAAAGGCCUUUUUUUGGACAAAACUUCAGCUUCAAAUUUACAUAAUGGGCCAGUUGCCGGAAAAUAUCUUGAUCAUAAUUUUACAGCAGUUGAAAGACUUCUUAAACUUCGUACUAACCCAUCAACCCUCGAUUCCCAAGCAACACUUAAUUCACAAAAAACAAACGGUCAGCUUAUUGACUGGUCAUUGGAGCUUUUAGAAAACUUUUGGACUAUUUAUGAUGUCUGUUUAGUCAACAAAUUAUCUACAUGCCAAAGAGCUAAGAUUAAUUCGUGCCAAUCAACUCCAUGGAGUUCAUUUUAUCCUGAUCUAAAGUCAAAAUUAAUUUAAUGAAUAUCAUUAUUCGCAAUACAUACCAUGUCUGGUUCGAGUCAGUAUAUUUUCUGCCAAGCAAACACUGACUCAGUGCCUUUUCAAUUUUACAAAACUCUAAAUGAUGAAAAAUGUUACAAACUUCAAUUUCAAUUUCAUCACUAAACUAGCUCAUUUUACAUAAUUAUUAACUAAUUUGUAUUUACUAUCAAGUUGAUAUGUUUAAAAAACUAUUCGUCCUUAAAUAAAAAAAUCUCAAGCAUUUA